AUGGCGCUGGGCCGGCUCUUGCCGGCCCUGCAGCCCAUCGUAGAGCAGGCGGCCGCCAAGGCUGCGGUGCAGGCCCUCCAGGGCUUCACCGGUGGCGCCGGCGCGGGCGGUGGCGCCCAGGGCGCCACGCUGCUGGGGCCGCUGCCCCCGCGGAAGAAGGUGACGGUGGAGUGGACCUUCACCAACACCUCGGAGGAGACCUGGGCCGGGUGCCGGCUGCGGUUCCUCGGGGGCACUCUGGCGCCCGCCUCCAGCAGUUCCGGCGGCUCGAGCCUCACGCCAGUGGUUCCGGAGGGCCGCGUGACGCUGCAGGCGCAGAUGCGGGCGCCUGCGGAGCCUGGGCCUUGUGAAGCCAGGUGGCAGCUAGAGGCGCCGGACGGCCAGCCUUUGUCGCCCCCCAUGCCGGUCCUCGGCCACGUGGAACGUCCGGAGCGCGAGCGGCCCGCGCGGCUGGAGGCACAGCUGCCACAGCAGCCGCAGUCCCUAAACUGCGGGCCGACGCCAUCCAUGGCGUCAUCCAUGCCACCAUCCAUGGCACCGGCGCCAUCCCUGGCGCCUGUGGCAUCUGUGCAUACAGCCUCUGCAGUGAUGACGCAGCCGGUUGGCCAGGCGAACCUUCGCAGGGUCACGGAGAGGCAGCUCUGGCAGCAAGUCUUCGAGCGCUUCUUCGGGCAGGAGGCAUUGUUUGUUUGA